UCCUUUUCGCCCCCCCAACCCCUGUGGUGAAGAGCGCCGCCAUGUUGCUCUGGCCCCUUGCCGCAUGAAGUGGGGUUGUUGCCUCAGGACCCUUUCCUCUUGACGUGCGAGGUCCCCUGUCCCAGAACCAUUGACGUCUCUCUGUCUCCAGGUUUAAGGCUGGGCAACUUCAAGGCUCACUCACAGUUGGCCGUAAGAGGCUGAGGAAGCUCGUGAGUGCGUGGGCAUGGGGAAGUGAGGACGGGGACGGAGAGUUGUGGGGGUGACCUGAGGUGGCGUCCACUAGCACGAGGGGCCCUGGGGAGCUGGCUACCACGGGAGGCAUCUUUCCCUUCCAUGAGACUGAGUGUCCUGUUCAACUCAGUCUCAUUCCAGUUUAAAGGUGGCAGCUCCGCCCUCGGGGUUCCUCUGACUGCCCAGGGUUGGCUGAAUACAGACGAAAGGCCAGGACCAACUAUGUCACAUACUUGGGGGUUACCUGGUAGGGUAAGACAACCCCACUCCCCAAACACCCCCCCUCAGUCGGGCCACAGGAGGGGGCAGAGCAGCAAUGGAUGGGGCCGGGACCACGGCUGCAUGCCGGCUACAACGCGUUACAACAGGUGGGAGACAUUACAAGAUGUAACCAGAGUCUUCGAGCACCACAACCACUGUUCGGGGUCUAGAACAGCCGUGUGUGACCAAGGGACCCUCUUGGACAUGGAUUGCUACUAAGGCCCAUGAAGUCCAGGAGUGGGCCAUUAAAAAUGCCGAACACUGGCUUUCCCACCUGCUUUACAAACUCUAUCACUGCCAGGCUGUUUAAAAGAGCACUUUAACAUUGAGAGGGGAAUUUGCUCUCAGCACGUGGACCAGGAGGCUGACUUGAGCCCUGUGAACUAUCACUGAGCAUCCCAGGAUCAUCGUCCCAGCACCCACGCGGUGUUAACCCAGAACUAUAGUCAACAUCGUCUGAGCUCAACUGUCAACACCAAAGGAUCGUUGCCAACCAAGAACGCCCUUUUGCCCUUGACAUGGGACCUGCCCCCUGUUGAGCCUGAGACUGGCAGGGCUCAACAGACCACACCAGUGAACCCAGCAUGCCCUGGGCCUGGCAGCUGGAUGGCUGAUGCUUGCAAAGCAGGCAUCUUCUUGCUCGACCGCCUGACCACCCUGGCGCGGCCGAAUCUGAAAGCUAAUGACAUUAUUGUGCAGAGACACAAUGUCUGUGGGCAUUUGCUGACCCGGCCUUUGGUGUGGGCUUAAUCCUGCAUUCUCCCCGCACUGUCCACGGGGACGCAGCGGUCACCCAUCUUGGCACGGGCACUUUUGGGGAAGGUAUAAAUGUCACCUCCCGCUGGAAGGCUCCACGGGCACUCUCAGGGACUGGUGUCACUGAUCACUCCUGCACGGGACAGCCCACCAUGGCCUCAGACCACCAGACCCAAGCGGGCAAGCCUCAGCCCCUCAACCCCAAGAUCAUCAUCUUUGAGCAGGAGAACUUCCAGGGCCACUCACAUGAGCUCAACGGGCCCUGCCCCAACCUGAAGGAGACUGGCGUGGAGAAGGCGGCCUCUGUCCUGGUGCAGGCUGGACCCUGGGUGGGCUACGAGCAGGCCAACUGCAAAGGGGAGCAGUUUGUGUUUGAGAAGGGUGAGUACCCCCGCUGGGACUCGUGGACCAGCAGUCGGAGGACGGACUCGCUCAGCUCCCUGAGGCCCAUCAAAGUGGACAGCCAGGAGCACAAGAUCACCCUGUAUGAGAACCCUAACUUCACGGGGAAGAAGAUGGAGGUGAUAGACGAUGACGUGCCCAGCUUCCACGCCCAUGGCUACCAGGAGAAGGUGUCUUCCGUGCGGGUGCAGAGUGGCACGUGGGUCGGCUACCAGUACCCCGGCUACCGUGGGCUGCAGUACCUGCUGGAGAAGGGCGAUUACAAGGACAGCGGUGACUUCGGGGCCCCCCAGCCCCAGGUGCAGUCCGUGCGCCGCAUUCGGGACAUGCAGUGGCACCAGCGGGGCGCCUUCCACCCCUCCAGCUAGUGCCCCUCCCUCGCCUCCUUGCCAAGGGCCUGGCCUCUGCCCAGCAUCCCACCAGACAUCCUGGAGAGUGAAUAAAGUGUGACUUGCAACUUA